GAUACAUUAAAUUACUGUGAUCCAGUUUUCAUUAGACAACACAUCAUACGCUUUCGUUCAUUAGGUGAAAAGAUAAGGCCAUGUCGGCCGAAACCACCAACAUCUCCCACAUUCAAGACGAGGAUGUUCUUCGUAAAAUGUGGCAAGAUACUGAAGAUUUCGGAAAGAAAAAGGAAAUAAGAUCUCACAUGUAUAAACUACGUGAACAAAGAUUGAGAGAGUUUUAUAACGGCAGCGAGAUUACAGAAUCUAGAUCGUCGAAAACUACAGGAAAAGUGACGCAAAGUUCUACUCACGCCGAUUCACUUGUCGAUCAAAGCUUUCAGAGCUUUAAGAGCAAAGAAGUCCGAGAUUCAGGAUCACCGACUAGGGAUAUACAUUACAAAGUACCAGAUUCAAAUGAAUGGCAGAUUGCAUCGAACAAAGAAAUUAGCAAAGAUGGUAAAACUAGAAUUCACUCUACAGUAGCAUCGGUACAAGGCACCCAAAAGAUAGAUGGCGGCCAAAUAGAUUUCCAAGGCAAGAACGAAAAUACUUCUAGCAUCUAUCACAACGCCGAUGAAAACUCGGUAACCACAAGAAGCCAAAGUAGCAGCCAUAGCUCGACUGCUUCUCGUAUGGUUGCGUCCAAUACAGUGCCUUCAGAACAAAUCGAGUUACCAAGUAAUCUUCAAGGGGCUACUAAAGUGAUACGUGAAACUAAAACGUUACCAGAUGGUUCUACAGUUACCACAACCAGGUACGAUACUACGAGUGGUUCUACUCACACCAGUAACCAAUCUGCUCAUGUACGGACUUCACAAGCAUCUUCUUCCAGCCGCCAGGUGAACGAAAAAACGUCAGAAAAUAUUGUUUAUGUAGAUAACAAAGAAGUAGCUGUACCUAGUAAUCUGCAAGGUAUUACUAAAGUCACAAGAGAGACUAAAACCCUACCAGAUGGUUCAACUGUUAUUUCCACCAGAUACAACACUACCAGUGACAACAUCCAAACAGGACAUAUUAAAACUGCCCAAACUUCAUCAACAAGUCAUAUAACAGGCGAACAACAAGCAACUUUAAACAUCUCAACACAAAACAACGAUAACAUCAGUACCAAAACAGUUAGAGAAUCUAAAAUUAUUCCCGAAACUUACACCAAAACAUCUGUAACAAAUCAAGUUACUGAUAUAAAAGGGUCUGUUCAAAAUCCACCUCAAAUACCAGACAAUCUUCAAGGAGUAACCAAGAUAACUAAAGAAACAAAAACAUUACCAGAUGGUUCUAUCAUGACAACAACAAAGUACCAUACAGUUAGUGGUACUACUACACAUACCGAAGUUACAGGAAGUGGGAAAAUUUCCAAAGAGCAUAGCUCAGUGACCAAUAAAUCUACUAAAAGAUUUGAAGAAAGUACAGAUAACCAGCAAAAUUACAAAACUGAAAAGACACACUCAGUAAACAACAAAGUAAUAGAUAAUAAAGACGUAAUAAGGACUAAUGUUACCAGUACCCAAGAGAACAACAGGAAAAAUUUUGUUGAAGACAGUACCAAAGUAGUUAAUGUUAACGAAAACAUAAAUAUAACCAGAAUAAGCACCGACGAUAGAGAUAUUUCACAUAGAAAGAAAUUAAAAACUGACAAUUUUAUAAACACAGAACGCAAACAAGAAGUUUUAACACGGGACAAGUACCCGCAAGAAUCCCCUAAAAGUACUCCAAGUACCCAUAGAGAUAUAAGUCCCACCAAACCAACAAAAACUGACUAUCAACCUAGUAAGCCAACGGAUGGACAGUACGAAACGACUUAUAGAACUGACUAUACCAACAGGAAAAUAAGUGUAGAAGUUAGUCCCACCCAUGAUGCAUUUGCAAGGUCUUUAAGAGCUGUCUCACCUGAUCGAGUGCCUAGUAGAGGUAGCCACAAAACUAGUAAUUCUUCAAUACCUGAAAAAAUGAGACAUCCCUCGAGAAUAUCUCCAGAACGUACUCAUAGAAAUAGAGGUGGAAGUCCUACAAAAAGCAACGAUAGAUUUUCUAGUACCGACACUUAUAUUUAUAAUAAAAGAAGAACUACUGAUGAAGAACCGAAAACAAAGUCACCUUCUCCAAAAAGAUACGGUAGUACCGAUACAUUCAGAAAGACAGAAAGUCAGGAAACAAUCACAAUUUCUAAAACGUCAAGACAUGAUGUUACUAACACUACAACUAAAAAGAAAGACAUUAAAAGAACAAGUCAACAUUCUCUACCAAGAUCAAGGUCUCCCUCUCCUACAAAACCUUCUGAUCGUAAAAGAGAAAUGUAUGAAAUUGUAACUGACUUGGACGAAGAUGUAACGAUAACCACAGAAAAGCAGAAAACUGGUUCUAGACCCAAUACCUUAGAGCUUUCUAAGAAAUCUAAAAAAAUUACUGACCGUUCGCCAUCUUCUCCUUUAUCAGACUUAGGAUCCCCUAAGAAAUCACCUACAAAGGAUCUUAGAAGAACUAGCAGCUUCAAAUCGCCUACUAAAGAUCAUUCACCUACAAAAUAUCCAACCGAGAGUUACAAAGCUCCAAAAGAUAAUCUGUCAAAAUCUCCAACAAGAAACCUUCCAGAGGAUCGUCCUUUAAAAAGAACCGAUACAUAUGAAGAACGGUGUCGGCAAAUUCUCGGCAUAACAGAAGUGACUGACAAAAGAAAAAGUAGUUUGGAGAGAUCACCAAGUAAAAGAAGUUCUUUCAGAAGAAAUACUUCAACGAAUAGUGUGGACACAACUGGGAGCACUAGUCCUACUAAAGAGAAACCUAGAAGUCCAACCAAAAGUCCGGUGAAGGAGAGACCGCGGUCCAAAGACUAUGAAACCACUGAUAUUGUUUCAACUAGAAAAAUAACAGACACAACUGAUAUUACUACACGUAUUGACGAAAAACCUCGAAGUCCAUCAAAGAGUCCAGUAAGAGAAAGACCACUAUCCAGAGAAUAUGAAACAAUAGAUACUGUUUCAACAACCAAAACAGUAAAUACACAUAAAAUAACUAGGCCUACUGAUGAUAAACCUAGAAGUCCAAUGAAAGAAAGACCACGCUCAAGAGAUUAUGAUACAACUGAUAUUGUCACAAAGACAAAAACCGUGGACACAAACAAAAUAACUAGGCCUACUGAUGAUAAACCUAGAAGUCCAACGAAAGAAAGACCACGUUCAAGAGAUUAUGAAACAACUAAUAUUGUCACAACGACCAAAACCUUAGACACAAAUAAAAUAUCUAGUCCUACUGGAGGAAAACCUAGACCAAAAAGUAGUCCAGUAAAAGAAAGACCACGUUCAAAAGAUUUUGAAACUACUUACACAGAUUCAGUAAACACAAUUGUGGAUACAACUGAAAUCACUAGACCUAUUGAAGGUAAACCAAGAAGUCCAUUGAGAGAUAGACCUCUUUCAACAGAUUAUGAAAUUACCGAUAUUGUUACAACAACCAAAAUAGAGGACACGAAUAGAGAACAAAAACCUAGACCAACAAAAAGUCCAGUAAAAGACAGGCCACAUUCAAAAGAUGACAUAGUUUCAACAACCACAAUAGUGGAUACAGCCGAAAUCACGAGGCCAACUGAAGGUAAACCUAGAAGUCCAGUGAAAGAAAGACCUAUUUCCAGAGAUUAUGAAACCACCGAUAUUACUACAACGACCAAUAUAGUAGACACAACUGAAAUAACUAAAGCUACUGGAGGUGAACCUAGAAAUCCAGUUAGAGAAAAACCAUGUUAUGAACCAACUGAUAUUGGUACAACUACGAAAACAGUGGACACAACUGAGAUUAUUCAUACACAAGGGACAUACAGCCCUAUAAAAAGUCCAGUAAAAGACAUAACUGAAAUCGCUGAAAGCAUUAGACCUACUAAAGGAAAACCUAAAAGUCCUGUAAAGGAAAAACCAUUUUCAAGAAAUAAUGAAACCUUAGACAUCGUGUCAACCACUGAAACAGAAACCACUGUUAUAACAAGUAACACCGAUAUCCCUGAAAAGGGGCCACAAAGUCCAACUAAAGGGGAAAAAGCUGAACCAAUCCGAAAGACGCCUCAUGAAAAGAGUCCAAAUAAAUACCAUGACAAGGAACAUACUACGAAUGUCCAAAAAAUUACAGAACAAGUUGACGUUUAUAAUAAGGAACAAAUUAUAAUAACUGAUGACGAAUAUAAAACGCCACAUCAACAACCAACGAAACCAAAUCAAAAGAAACAUCCGCAGACAACUGUUGACCAAAUAGACCAAACUAUUUUUUCCAAAACCUCGCAAGAAAACAUUUCUAGAAAAGAUAUUAAAAACGUGACAGACGACAUCACACAACAAGAGGUAGAAAUCGUUACCAUGAGACCUAUAAACGAAACAGUUGAUGAUAGUCCUAAAAAGAGCGGACGUAGCAUUACUGAAUUUCCAUCUCAAAGAAAGCCACAAAAACAUACGCCUAAGAAUGUAACUCAGUCUAAAACGAAUUAUACAAGAGAAGAAGACGAUGAAGUUAUUACUGAAGAAACAACUAUUUAUGAUAACAAUAGACCGUCCAAUAAAGGUCCAUAUAUGAAAGAAAGACCAAAGACCACAACUGAUAAACACAAAACGACCACAACAGAAUUUAUAAUGCAGGAAAAAUUAAGCACAGAAAUAAACUCGAGUACUGAAGUUUUAAUAGAUGAAACAGACCGACAAAUACCCGCCAAAAAGACACCAAAAGUUAAAGAGACCCGUCCUCAAAGUACACCAUCAGGCAAACAAGAAAUCAUCACCACGGAAACAAAAACAAAACCUGGUGAAAAAAAAGAACCAACAAAAAAGACACCAAUAACCGAAUUCCCCUCUCAGAUUCGCAAAGAACCAAAAACCACUACUAAAACUAGUACAUCAAUAACUGAAGAUAUAUCCGUAGAAGAAGUAACAAAAAAAUCAACGAAGCCUUCUCCUGAAGAUAAAAAACCAACCAAACAGGGUCCAGAUACACAAGAAAUACCUUUAAAGCCUACAUUAUCAAAUAAUAAAACAGUAAAGACAACAGAGAAAGAAAAUAAUAUUAAAACUAGCAAAGAUAAAGUUACUGAUGAAGAAGAAACCAUUAUUGAUGAAUUUAUAGUAGUAGAUGAUUCUGAUGUUCCAAAAGUUACCAUUGGUAGACCGAUUCCCAAGGAUGAAAAACCUAAAAAAUUACCUAAACAACAUGCUGUUCAUAAAACAACAGAAAAUGAAGAAGACGAUGUGGAUUAUAUUCAAGAAGUUAUAGUUACCGAUGAAUUUGAAAUUGUUAAUAUUCCAAAACAAAAACCAAAGCAGGAAAUCCCUCAGCAAACUAGAAAACACAUUACUAAAAAUAUCUCUAAAGAAAAUAUUACCCCUACAAAGGAAAAACCAUCCAAAGUUAAGAAACCUACCAACAAAGAACCUGUUGCUACAGAAAAAUUCUUUGAACCUAUCGAUUAUGCGAAUAUGGUACCUGUUGAGGAACCAUUGAUGAUCAAAAAACAUAUAGACACAAGCUGUCCUGAUGAAAUUAGGCACGCAGAGAAAAUUACUAAAAAAUUUAUCGAAAAAGAACAAAAAGAAAUCAAUGAAAACAUAAAUAUACAGAGAAGACCUGUUAAACCAGAAAAGGAAACUCCUGUACAUAAAACACAAAUUACUACCACAGCCAAGAAACCACAAAAACAACCUGAGAAGAAAUUCGAUAAACCUAGUACAAGAAAACCGAUCAAUGGUAUAACUGAAUAUCAAGAUCAAUAUUCUACUAAUCUUAAACCAAAAUCAAUUCCUACUAAACCUAAGACCACAGAACCCACAACAGUGUUUAAACCGUCAAAUAAAAUAAAUUCUAUACCAACUAGACCUGCUACAAAGGUUCAGCCUAAUGUAGAAACAAUAACAACAAAGAAGACUACAAAAACCAUUAAUCUCAGAGAAAAUGAACCAUCUGAACCAACAAAGUUAAGAAAACCAUUACCAAGCAAAGGCCCUGUAAAGCCUUUAACUAAACCAGCGCAUCCCGAUCAUACAACGAAAAAGCAUCUGGUUACCACUACAAUAACACUUAAGAGUAACACUCAACCAGUAACUACGAAACCAAAAGUGUCAAAAACAACUACAACGGUUACAAAGACACAAAAGAACAGGGUUAUUGAUUUGAAACAGAAGCGUGUAAAUGAAUAUGUAUCGACUGAUACUGAUGAAGAAGAAACAAUAGUAGAAACUGUCGAUGUAACGAGAAGAAAUGGCACUAAAAGACAACCAGAGAAAUGUAUAAUAACAAAAACCGUUAUCAUAAACAACAAUACACAACCGAGGCAAAUAGUGGUAGACCUACAACGUUCAAAGUCUUCGAGAGAACCAACUCCAGAUAAAAUAUGUCCAGUGCCCACAGAAUACGGAGGCUAUGGAUCACCAAGAUAUCCUGACGAAAUUGAAGAGCCGGAUGAUGUUAACGUUAGAAAACCACCAAAGAGACUUUCCGACAUACCUUUAUUGGAAUCAGAAGACGUUACAAACUUUAGCAGAAUUACAGAAAUCUCAGAUACUAAAGUAGUUACUGAUAUCGAUAAGGUAGAAACAACGGACGAGAGUCUCUUGAGCGUUAAUAGAAAGAUAAAUUUGUUCUUAGACACAGCUGAUAAACUCACCAAAGGUGGUAAAAGCCCGUCUGGUCCAGCCCCUAAAGUAGAAAGACCCAAAUUGGAAGUAACACAAGAUCUGGAGUCAGAUGAGUGUCUUUUAAGCGUGUCGGAAAAGGUUAACAAGUUCAUAAACACUGCUGAUCAAUUUAUGAAUGUUCGGGAUUUGCCAGAACGACCAAAAAGUCCAAGGUGUAAGUUUAAUAAUGAUAAAAUUUCUUCUAAUAACUUUAUUACUACGGAACAAAAAACAAUUCAGAAAGAAAACGUGACUACAGAGACUCGAAAAGUAUCUUUAGAAAAUUUAAAUACUGUCGAUAACUAUAGAAAAUCUUCGCCCACUGAUAUUAAAAAAGAACCUAAAUCUGUUCAUAGAGCUGAAAAACCUGUGGAAAAGAAAACUAAUAAAUCUCCAGUUAGAGAAAGCCAGAAAACACGUCCUGAGCUUGUUGAUCAAAACUAUCCUAAUUAUAGUACUAUAACUAAACGAGUAUCUUUAGAAAAUCUUGAAAUUCAAACCAGUAUUAAAAACACAGAAGAUAUUCGAAGAAAAUCCCCUGAACGAGUAUCACCAACACGUGCCAAACGACCUUCAGAUAGAGGCAUACCUCCUGAUGAUACAAGAAACAAACCAAGUGAAAGAUUAUCUCCAGAUCGUUUAUCCCCCACAAAAACUACCCCCAGUCAUCCUGGAACACCCAAUAGGCGUCCACCAAAUGAAUAUACGUCAAUCAAAUCCAUAAAAACCCAAGAAAUAAAAUCUACGACCAAAGAAGUCAGUACUACUCCAAAGAGUAGCAAAAGUAAACCAGUGGAGGACAAAAAGAAUAUUCUGAGUACUACUGGUCGUCUUAGGAGUACAGAAAGUAUUAAGAAAGCUAGAGCUCUCUUUGAAAACAUCAACAAAGAAGCAGAAAGGGUCAAUAACAAAUCCCCAAUUUCUACUAAGAAAGAAACUGUCGUUAGAAAACUUAGUUAUUCCAGUGAUGAUGACUUACAACAGUCUAGAACUACAAAGUCUAGAUCUAAUUCACCUGAUAAACCAACAGGAGAUGUACCUCAUUAUAUGUUACCUUUAGAUAGACCUACCAAACCCAAAUCUGAAUCUCCUGAAAGAAAGACUUUAAGAUCAAGAUCGCCUGAUGGAAGUGAAUCUGGUGGUAUUCCCCACUACAUGUUGCCAUUAGAGAGACCCAAGACACACACAUCUAGAUCUAAAUCUCCUGAUAGAGAAAGCUUAAGAUCAUGUUCUCCGAAUGUUAAACAUAAAACUGGAGAAGUUCCUCAUUAUAUGUUACCUUUAGAUAGAAGCCAUAUGACUAGUGAACCUGAUCGAGAUAUUCCAAGACAUAAGUCACCUGUUAUGAAGACAGAACAUGGCGAUGUUCCACACUAUAUGUCACCUUUGCACAAACCUAACAAUCAUGUUCCAAGGCCUAAAUCUCCUGAUAGAGAAAGCUUAAGAUCUUGUUCUUCGAAUGUUAGACAUGAAACUGGAGAAGUUCCUCAUUAUAUGUUACCUUUAGAUAGAAGUCAUACGACUGACGAACCUGAUCGAGAUAUCCCAAGACACAAAUCACCUGUGACAAAGUUAGCGCCUGGAGAUACUCCUCAUUAUAUGUCACCUUUGCACAAACCACAGACUCAUACUCCAAGAUCUAAGUCUCCUGGUAGAGAAAGCUUUAGAUCCAUUUCUCCCAAAGAUAGAGAAGUUCCAAGACAUAAACAACAUCUUACGAGGACAGAACCUGGUGUUACUCCUCACUAUAUGUUACCAUUAGAAAAUCCUAAGACUCAUAUACCUAGAUCCAAAUCUCCAGACAGAGAAAGCUUAAGAUCUUCUUCUCCCAAUGUUCGACAUGAAACUGGAGAAGUCCCUCAUUAUAUGUUACCUUUAGAUAGAAGCCACACGCCCAAUGAGGCAGAUAGAGACUUUGAUAUUCCCAGGCAUAAACAAUACGUCACAAAUAGCACACCACAUUAUAUGUCACCUUUACACAGACCUAAAACUCACACCCCCAGAUCGAAUUCGCCUGAUAGAGAGAGCUUAAGAUCUUGCUCUCCAAAUAUUAGAAAUGAAACUGGAGAAAUACCACAUUACAGGUUACCGUUAGAUAAAAAGCAUACGCAUAGUACACCUAGACCCAAAUCGCCAGAGAGGGAUACUCCCAGACACAAGUCACCUGAAUCUGGCGAUAUUCCUCAUUAUAUGUUACCUCUAGAUAGAGACGUUAGAACUAGCAGAUCGAGAUCUAAAUCACCUGGCGGAGAUAGUCCAAGGCACACUUCACCUGACGUUCGUUCCGAAGCGAGUGACGUUCCCCAUUAUAUGCUCCCGUUAGAAAGAAACGUCCACCACAAAGACAAACUUAUCACGGGCUCAAAACCUGAUAGUCCAAAUAAAUUUGGUGUUACAUUGAAGAAAGUGCAUCCUGACAAGCCCGUUACAAAAACUACUAGCACUAAAGUGUCUACAGAAAGAAAAACCAGUAAUGUGGAAAAUAUAACUGAGGAAGAAAUCGAAGAUAUUUUUGAAAUAGAAGUUUUGGAGGAACUGCUCCAAAGAAUUACCAGUUACGAGAUUCGCAGAGUAAUAAGAAUCCAAAUUAAAUUGAUCAAGAAACUUAUAACAGAAAAUAGACUAACGAUAUAUAUACAAGAAAGAAAACAAUCAAAGAUUAGGAAAGACCGUUCAGAAACAAUUACUCAAAAGGUUGAGUAUCAUUCAAGCUACAACGAAAAACGUAAAUCAUCCACAGAUCGAACUAUAGAGACUAGAACCCGUAGUCCUCAAAGAACACCAAGUCCAACUAGGCAACCAAAGAAUCAAUUUUACAGACCAGACGAACAAAUAAGUUCUAGAGAAGUAAAAAGACAAAGUCCUCAACGAACAUCGAGUCCAACCAAACCAUUUAAUGAAAAUAAUCUGAUAAAAACUACAACAACAACAACUAAUACAACCAUCCGAACAUCAACUCCAAGAGAAAUAGUAAGAAAACCUGGAGAAAGAUAUAGUCCAGAAAGACAGUCUCCUCAAAGACAACCUAGUCCAACUCGCACACAAACUACUGUUCAAACCAACUAUAGGCUUAAAAGUAGCUGUGACGUACCCACAACAAAGCAAAUUAGUAGAAAAACAGAGGAGCUACGAAAGUUUAGUCCAGAAAGAGUUUCCCUAGUUGAAACUACCUCAAGCACUGAAAAAAAGGAACCAAGUCAAUCUAGUCCAGACAAGAAAACUCCUAAAAGUGGAUACUCCAUCCUAAAGAAAACUGAAGUACAGCAAAAGAAAGUAGAGGAAAAAAAGCCCGAGUGGAUCACCAACAGAAAUCUAAAGAAAGUUACGGGUUCGUCAACAAACGAACAAGUACGAACUACUAGCAAAAAGACUGUUAAAGAAGAAAAGAUUGUUAAGUCCAGUGAAUAUGAACCUACUGAUUUGAUUACUUCUAGUUACGGUGUUGGACCUACUGAUGAAAAUGGGACUCCCUUAUUUGGACUAAAGGCGUUGAGACAAACUAACAACGGCACAACCAAAGUUCAAGGCACCUUUAUCACAAGUGAAUACUAUUCAGAAAACGGCCAGGAACCCGUGGGGCAAAUAAGCGUAACGAAUUAUUCUACCGACCCGAGAGAUUUAAGUACCGAGGAACAAAUUCAAAAUAACAACCUAGUAACAAGUGUAACAACUACUCAGAAAUUCGGAUACGAAGAUUCACCUUCGUUAGAGACACUAACAAAUAAACGUACGCUUGAACAAAGCACAGAAUACGAAGAGAGGCGUAUAAUCAGGAAUAGGCUACGCAGCGUAAUGGCAGAACAAGAAGCUUGUGCAGAUCUGGUACAGAAGGCAAGCCAGGAACAACCCGGCGGAAAAAUAGAGGGUGAGUCACUUCUUCUUCCUCUCCUUCAAGGCUUACUAGAAAAAAAAGAACCCACCACCGAUUCUGGUACAGAAUCUGGCGAAGACCAACGAAACGGUCUGAUCGCGGAAGUGCAGAAUGCUUUAGAUAAAUUAUCUCAGAGCUUGUGUAGCGAUUCCACGGACAUAACUCCAGAAAGGCGCAGUUCUUUGUUAUAUUUGGUAACAAAACUUCAAGCUGGACUUUCUACUGCGGUGCCGAAGCUGGAACGAAGACUUUCGAGCGAGCCUGGACGAUUCAAUAAGCGAAAGAAUCGGCAAAAUAGGCAUACCGUAGGAGUGAGUUCUGAAGAGCUGGCAGAUGCAAGAAGAUUGAUGGAAGAAAUCGCAGGACACAAUAAAAUACCCUCUACUACUCCAAAAGAUAGUCUUAAUAUACAAAAGCAAAACUCAGAGAGUAGUGUUUUAUCAAAUCCUCCCAAUAUUACAUUUGUAUCCAAAACAGAGCCUGAACAGGAGCUCAGUAGGCUCAGCAAACAAAAUUCGGAUAGUAGUGUAACUAGUAAUCCUUCCAUUAACAAAUAUAUAAGCAAAGGUUCCGUAAAAAAUACAACCCCGAAGCCUUUUAGUAGUGCUACCAAUAGUAUUUCUAAUAACUCAUCUACUGCUCAAACCCCUGACUUUUCAGAUCAUUUAGAUGGAUUUUUUGGUGAAGAAUCUUCUGAAACGCAAAAACCUACGCUUAAAGAAAACUACUCUGACUAUUCUACACCUACAACUAAACUAACAGCAUCAGCACUUGACAAAAUUAAAAUGAAGGAAGUUCGCGGAUCCCAAGAAGAAGCAAAAAUGUUACAAUAUAAUCCAAUAUAUACAAAACCUGAUAACGUUAACUACAACCAACCUCUAGAGUCAUCCAGAGAACAGAAACUUCGGUUCAAUUCAGAUAUUAAAAAGCAGAAAAUGAAACGAGCUAACACCAUAGACAUUCCGAAACCUCUUCAAUUUUACGAAGAAUCUGACGAUUCGGACGGUGAAACAGAAGCACAGCAACAUAAGAAUAACUACUAUGCACUUCGCGGACCUAUCAGGGUAGGCAAUCCUGUUAAUAAGAAAACAGUUCCCGCUUUUGAACCUAAGACAGUUUCGGACCAAAAGUUCUUGGCGUUUUUGAAUAAAAAUAACCAAAUUCCGGAGGAACAACCUACUAGAACUGCUGCUUGGACAAACCAGAAAAAUAGGACAGCAGUGUGGGAGAAUAAAUUUGGAAACAUUAAAAGCAACUUUGAAAAUGUUAGUAAAGUACCUAGCAGUACUGUUAAGAACUUUUGGAAAACCCAAGAUGACGCUAUAAUGUCCCGCACUAACCAAAUUGGGCCAAAAAUUAGUAGACAGAGUGCUAGAAAUUUGCAACAAAUGUUUGAAGAUAAGAGAAGGGAAUCUCAGGAAAGAGUGGUGGCACCACCGCAAAUUCAAAGAGUCUCGAGGGAGAUAAUUCCUUCUCGAGACGACCAAAAUGCAAUCACUGGAAAACUAUCAGUUAAAACAGAACCUGAGAAAAACUAUAGACUGAUACCUGCUCCGUUACCAGUAAAUAAGUUCUCCCAUGCCCCCCAGUCUGCAUUUAAACCUAUAAAUAGAAGACAUAAUAGCUUUGAACAAAAACCUACUAUACAAGAACCGGCUAACGAGGAAGUCAGUGAUAUAUUAAAAACUAAAAUUAAGGAAAAUAACAAUUCUUCUCUGUUCUUGUAUAGUCCUAAACCACUCCAUGAUUCUGAGGGUAACUCUCCUGCUUUAUCUCCUAUCAGCAACAAACCGUGGUUAGCGAACGACAAUAAGAGUAGAGUACUGAGCAUAGCUGCAAAAAGAUUUGAAAACAGUUCUCAGCAAAAUGAUAUAGCCUUGAUCAAACCAAGGAAACUUAGCAAAGAAUUUACAUCAGCUUUCGUCACUCCACAGGCUCAAAAUGAGAAAACAGGAAGUACCUAUCUUACACGUGGUGAUACCAGAAAAAGCUCGGUAAGGAAACUAAGUGAUCAGUACGACAAUUUAGGAACUAAGACGCCAGAAUAUACUAGUGUUACUAGUGUGACAUACCAACCAAGUGGUAUAUUGAAAAAUCAUGACUCAUUUUUAGUAAAGCAACAAAAUAAUGAUUAUAGUAGGCCCAAAUUUCCACCUAACAGUCCUAAAGAGUUAAAAACAUCACCCUGGCAGCACAAUCCACAAGAAAAAAACACUAUCCAAAGCUAUAAAGAGGCAGAAAAGCCUAAGCAUAUUGUAAAUCCAGUUAGUAUUCCCAAUGCUCAUCAAAAUUAUCAACAUACCAAUCAAAAUUAUCAACAAAAGGAGAAUAAUACACAGUACAAACCACAAGCUAUAUAUCAACAUGUACCUGGUAAGGAUACAAGUAGUACCAGUCCACAAAAUGAGAAUGUCUAUACAUCAACGUUGACUUUAAAUCCAGCACCAAAGCAAGGAUUACAACAAACGGAGCCUUUGAUGAGUCCUCCAAAACUUCAAACUCAACUUUCGAACGAAAGUGUUCAUGAGUAUACAGCUAUAAACAGUAAAGUGAUGGGAGGACCUGUUAGUCAGCAAGCUGUUACUGUAAGACAAAAGUCUCCAAUGACUAGAAAUGAACACGAUAUUUCUGCAGCAUUUAGUCUAAAGAAUACGCUUAGUACCAUCAGUAAAGGCGAAGAAAGGCUGACGAAAACUUCUCCCGUUAAUCUUUCGAAACCAACAUCUCCACAAAGAAAGUCAUUUACCUCUCCAGAGCCACCUAGAACUGAAGAGACGAAAGAACAAAAAAACAUUCCAAAUAAAUUAUCUUCAAACAGCUUUACUUCGAAAGUAUCAGAACCGAAAACAAUAUUAAAUACUGUGCCGAGUCAAGUUGAGAACAAAGCAUUUGGAGUUGUGAGACCAAUUCAGCAGCAGCAAAAACAGCCUACAAUAGGUCCUGUAUACAACAAUGUUAGCAGAAUUCAACGAGCUACGGCUCAGAAUCAACAAUUUGUCGAAUUUAAUGAAAAAGGACAAGGAGUUGUUACUAGCAAAUUUCAUAUUCCUAUCGUCAAUGUUGAGCCAACUUCUCCAGGCAUUAACUCGCCUAUUUUGUCUCCUCUUCAUGGCAGAGCUCUAACCAAGUCAGACUCGUGGCACCAGAUCUGUAUGGCCAAUCAGUCACCUCCUAAAUCUGCCUCACCUCGAAGCAAUGUCGUUAAGUCAAAAUCUAGUCACAGUCUUGCAGUGCCACAAAGACAGUAUGAAGCUGGGAUAUCAAAGGAGGAACUUUUAUCCAAAAAGAGAGCUAUGGAGGUUUAUUUAAUGGGAGGCAAUAAGUCGCCUCAACAAGUAACGCCUACUAAAAGUGAAAAGGUUGUGAAAAGCAGUAUAAAUAGGAUUAAAACGUCUGAAAAGCAAUCUGCGUUCAAAUCUACUGUUACGAAAAUUAGUACCCAACAACAGGUAACGAAAAAGCCUCUAUCGCCAUUCGCUAAAUUUCAACAAUUGGACAAACAAAACAGUAUCAAUACUCCAACUCCACCAGGUACCCCCGGUACCCCAAAGACUCCUGGAAAUGGCCCUCUCUUUAAAUUUACCGAUCCUGCACUCAGCCUUUCUGCGGCUACCAUCAAGGAUCGUCUCUUGUAUUGGUGUAGAAUGAAGACUAAGGAGUAUGAGAACGUUCAACUAGACAACUUCUCCACCAGCUGGGCGGACGGACUUGCAUUUUGUGCCCUCAUCCACCAUUUCCUGCCAGACGCCUUCGACUAUCAUGCGUUAACGCCAAAAGAACGAAGACACAAUUUCGAACUUGCCUUCAAAGUUGCCAGUGACAAGGCGGACAUUUUUCCUCUCCUUGACGUUGACGAUAUGAUGGCCACCAGAAGGCCUGAUUGGAAAUGCGUCUUCACAUAUGUCCAGUCCAUUUACCGACGCUUUAAAGAUGAAGAAAUCUAACAAUAUUUACAAUAUUAUGUGUUUUGUGUUUGUUUUUGUACAAAUGUAGAUAUUAGAAGUUGCCGUCAAAAAUUAUUGGUAAAAUAACAAGAUACAAAAAGAGAACAGACCGAUAAAGAGAAUAUUUUGUGGUACUGCGAAAAAAAGUACCUCUAGAAGAUAAAGAAAGUUUAGUAUUACGCCUUUAUUACUAGAAGGCUACCAUUCGAGGAUCGAUUGUUGAAUAGUCAAAAUCUUUGGCAAUCUGUUCGAAUUUUUACAACACAACCGUUAAAAAAGAUACAGUCAGGCGCACAUGUCUUAAAUUUUGAAAGAUUGUGUCGGUUAAGAUCCGUUUCGACGCAUAUUAAAUGGUAGACGAUAAAGAAAAUGAUCUAGGGAACCAAAAAGUAAGAUUGAUGAAAAAUAAGGCCCACACAAUUUAAGAAAUAUGUCGGAAAAUUAACAAAAUAUAUUAGAGGGACGACGAAUUUAAACAGUAUUGGAAAACUGAAGAUAUAAAUGCCUCUAAAGAUACCAAAGUUGUACGUUUCUUAAAAAAAUCUACAUCGAAAAUUUUGUUUAUCUUCUGAAUUUUUAGUUAAUUCACGUCAAAUAUUCUUAUUAUUAGUCUUAUCUUUAUAUUAAAAAAAAUCAGUCAAACUGAUCAAAAUUUUUGUACUAGAUGGUAACCAUCUUUAAACUUUAGCUAGAACGAACUGUACUGUAACGCUUACAAGUUGUUUUACUUGCUCUGUGAUUUUCAGAAGCAUUUCGAUAGAGAUUCGAUCUCUAUUCAUUGAAAAGUGAUAUUUCUUUACCAUUUUUUGUACCUUCAUCUGCCCAGCUGUUUCUGUAGUCUGUAGGAUACGUUUAUAAAAGCCCGUGCACAAAUAUUUUUAGUGAAAUAUCGGAAAAUUUGGUGUACGGGAUCACUCAGCAUUUAAUAAUUUUCGCUUAUUUAUUCACAUUUUCUAUUCAUAGGGGAUGUUGCUUGAAUUGAAAUUGUCGCUCUAACAAAACAGUUGAAUGCGUUUGUAAAAUUUGUUGUAACAUUAUUUUAAAGCUAUAUUUUUAUUGUCUUGCCUUUUUGCACGAUAACAUUGUUUGUUAAGCACCUUUAUACUUAAUUUUAAGAUACUAUUUAUAUGAGACUUUAACAAAUAAACUUUUAAAAGUUU